AUGCCGCGUCUACGACUGUCAACUGAUCAUCUAAAACUCUUCAUCUGGGCCCUCAAUGAGCUGGGAGUUUCUGAUGUACCGUCAUUCAAGCGGUUUCGGGAGACACAAGAUCGGCUCACCAAGCUUUCAAAUGUUCGCACGAACCUGCGAAAGUCACCGGAAGGCGAGCCGUUCUACCAGAAUUCCAUCCCGGACUUGCUCGGUUUGGAUUGGGCAAACCCCGAAAUUCGACCAUGGAUCGAAGAAUAUCCUGUCAGGUCAACCAGAGUCAGCGAAUCAUUCCAUAGUGGUAAAUGGGUCGAGAAGAUACCAUCCGAAAUGCAGGCCCCAAUGUGGGCCGAUGGAGGGAAGCAUUAUUACCUUGGCGAGCUGGCGCAGUUGGCCGACGGACGCUUUGUAAUCCCACAAGCAUGGUUCCGGAAGAUACAGCUACGCAUUCACACCAAUUCCCUGCUCGAAAUCAGUACCUUGCAGUUGGUUUACAACUGUUUCGAGCUCGCAGACCGGUCAUACGAACUGACUGACUCUGAAGGUGUGUACCCCGGCGCCAACCCAUUGCGCGAGUUUUCCAAAGGCCGCCGGAUGUAUACAAGCUUUGUAAAGGCCUGGGGAGAUGAUGUAUCAGGAAAUCGAAGCAAGCAGUAUAACGAACACACCAACAUAUACUUCGCACAUGCCAAUCUUCCUCAUGCCAAGCUGUCACAGGAGUACUUCGUGCAAUUCGCAUCGACGUCACCGACAGCCAGUGCCGUCGAUCAGUUUGGGGCCCUCAUGAAAGAUACCGAGGAGUGGCAUCUCGUAUAUGACUGCGACCUCGGGGAGGAGAUCAUGAUUCGGAUAGUCCCGUUACUCUUUCCAGCCGAUAACCCUCAACAGUCCGAGCUGUGCUCGCACAUUGGUCUAAAAGGGAAUUCUUGGUGUCGGAAGUGUACCCUCGGUGGGACAGACCGAGAGAGAGAGACCGAUGAGGUAUAUCAUCAGCAUUUCUCCCCAUCAAGGCUGAGGACGGCCAUCGAAACACGGGCAGCAGUGAUUGCUCAGCUGAGAUUGGCUGCUCUUGGUGUUGCGAAAGACGUUGAGGAUCUGCAAACCAAGACGGGCGUCAAAGACAAGCUCGCUGAACGCUGGAUACAGCAACUGCUGCAACGUGCGAGGGAGGAACAACAGCUCCGCCUCUACAAUCGUGAGACACGAGACCCGCGUCUGAAUCAGCGCAAUCACCCUAACCGGGCAGCGAUCGUGAAAACAAUCAAGGAGACGAUUCAAGAAGAACUUCUGCAGUGGGUUGUGGCACAGCCGAGCGAGGAUUAUAACACCUUACCACCAGAUUCCCCGUGGAGAACGACAUUCAGGCCAGGUAUUCAUUACAAUUCUCUCCUUGUGCUCAAAGCCGGCGACAUACAUGCAGAUACUCCCGUCGAAAUACUGCACACUUAUCUCCUUGGCGCCGACAAGUAUGCCUGGCACCAUCUGCACUCAUCAUGGAAGCCUGCACAGCACGAAUUAUUCGCCACGCGCCUGCGUUCCGCUUCAAUUGAAGGACUCAACAUACCACCUGUUCGCGCCUCGUAUAUUGUGCAAUACAAGAACGGUCUCAUUGGCAAGCACUUCAAGGCUUUACAGCAACUCGGUAUCUUCCAGCUCGAUGACGCCCUGUGCAAUGAUCUUGUGUUUGAUCUCUGGAGAGCAACAGGUGAGCUGGGGGCAAUGCUCUGGUACGACGAGAUAGAAAACAUGGAAGAGUACCUGGCCGAUCUCGAAACGCUCAUUGCCAACGUCCUCGACAUCUGGUCUGUGAUUGAUCCUAAGCGCAUCUUCGUCAAGCCCAAGCUCCACACCUUACCUCACAUCCUCGCUGAUGUUCGCCUGCACGGACCACUCAUCCUGUAUGCCACGGAGAUCUUCGAGUGCUUCAACGCCGUGUUCCGCCUCUGUAGUGUCCUGUCGAAUCAUCAAGCCCCAAGUCGUGAUAUCGCAUGGACAUUCGCAGACCUGGGUCGUUUCAAGCACGCAGUGAGUGGUGGUUGGUGGAAGGAUGAGUCGGGGAGACACGUACGUGCUGGUGAGAAGGUUCGGCAGUAUUUCCAAAACGUCGAAGUGCAGCGGCGCCUGGGAUACGUCGCGCGCUCCGUCGCUAGCGCAGGUAAGUGUCGGAGCUGUACACAUGACAUGGGAAGACUCACACGGAGUUCACGUCAUUAUGAUUUUAUAGGAACAGUGCAUUGCAAGAAGAAAGAUCAGACGCAUGGGAAAGAGCUUCUAUGGGCGAACUUACCAUACCUGCGCAGCAUGACGAUCGACAGCAUCCAGCUCGAGACAGGGAGCAAAUGGUUCAAUUCGACGUCCGGACGCAUGUUGAUUGGCCGGAUUGUGCGAAUUAUGACACCGGUGCCGCAAGCCCUGGUCCACACCGAAAUAGCUGUUGUCGUCGUUGAAGAAUUCACGUUGCCGAACAGCUGCCAUCCGCGUUUCAAUAUGCCCGAACUGACCAAGCACAAUGAGGAAGCGACUUACACGGCAUUGCUCCCCUCCGAAGUGAUGUUCAUUGUGAACGUGCAGCACAAUUGCCUGGACGGAAAGUGUCGUCCUACUGGCAUCCGGCGAUGCGUUCGUGAGCGAAUGGAGACCGAGAUCACGCAAACAUUCAUUGAACACACCAACGACACGCACUAUAUCCUCAAUAUGCACGCGCUGCACAAUGCCAGGCUCAUUCGGAAGGUCUUACCGCGCCACCUGACAAAGCCGACCCCAUAUCUGAACAAUCGGAAUGAUGAACAUAAGAAGAUGGCUGCCUCGUUGCGGGCUGCCCAAGAUGUCCAGCGAGCCAAAGAGGCGGCCGCGCGCAAGGAACGCGCGAAUGCUCGUCUCGGCAAAGCGCCUGCUGGCCAAAAUUCCGGCGCCAGCAUCCCUGCAGAGAUGAUGUCGACUAGCCACGACGGCACUAGCAGCGAACAUCAAAUCGCAUCAAUGGACUCGCCGACUGCGGCGUCAACUGUUCGCAGUACGACGCAAACAGUGGGCUGAACUCGUCUCGAGCCAUCUGACGACACAGGCCUCUAUCACACACGAAAAUCCACUACAAGAUUUCCACCUUUCAGGCCGUCGUCGUACUGAUACACACGAGCCUUUUCCGACCACAAGUCGAACGCGCGAGUCGUCGACAUCAACAAUCCAUGGCUGACGCAGUUCGAGUCAUCUAUUACCUUGUACCAUUAAUUCAAGCUUAAUGCCAACACUGAGAUUACAUUU